AUGACUCUCGAAAAUGACGCCGUGGCAGGCGCAACCAUCGAACUCCUUGAAUCGCGUCUUCGUCGCCUUACUUACCUCCUGACCGGCGACGCCAAUUGGACCGGCAUCCCCACGGCGCCCGCCAAACCAGCGUCCCUGGAAGAGAGCGUCUCGCGUCGUCUCCUCCACCUCGAACGAGACCUUGAACGGCUCAGCAGGAAUAACCCCGCCGUGCGGGAUGUCCUUCUUCUUCACAACCGCUUCCCCGACCUCUUCCACGCAACCCCCCCACAGCGCCUCCCCGAGAACCUCACAACCCAAAACCUCGCCUCGAUCGUCCUCUCCUACGCCUCCGCCUACCCCGAGACCUCGUCGCGCCUAACCUCGCUCAACGACCUCCCGAUCCCGGACGCCCAGGCCUCGGCGUCCCUCAUCGAGCUCUCGCCGCGCCUGGCCGCGUUGGCGCAGUUGCAGGAAGCCCAAGCGUUGGAGAUCUCGGAGCUACGGGUACGAACGGCGCGGGCGCUGCAGCGCUGGUAUGAGAUUGCGUUGGUCGGGGGCGGAGAGUGUUGGGCUGAAUGGGAGGGACGGUUGGAGGAUGUGGAGAGGGAGGUGAGGAGGGAGGAGGUGGUGAGAGAGAGGAGGGCGAAGGAGUUAUAA